UCGUGAUAAUUGUAAGGUGCGCCUAUCGAUGCCUGCAUCCCACCCAUCCCGCAAUGGGGGGAAAUGAUCUGCAUCGACGAUUGAUAAUAAGCAAAAUAGUGGCGGCACUGGAGAAAUACCCUAGUCUUUAACGCCUAUUCAAUCCAUGCCCCGAACCGCGGUCUACAGCAGAAGGUCGCAACAGAUUGCAUCCAGAAUCAUAGCUUUGAUGCGCUUGAUCUCGACCGAACGGGUUGCAACCACGUAUGUCGCUCUUUUGAUCACAAUUCCCCGACGUUUUCCGCCACCGUCACAAUUCCGCUGCUCAGUGGCUGCCAUCUGUGUCAGAGGCUUCAAUGCCAAGAUAUCAAUGAGCUUGAUUCGUUCUCUCUGUCUUCUAUUGGCCCUUGACGAGAGGAGAUGGCUUAGCCAUUUCGCCGCACCAUGGCGAUCCCCUGUCAUCUAUCAAGGCGGGAUCCACUUUUUUCAAAGCAAUCCGUCAUCGGUAAACCAGGUGCUUGAGCACAUAGCUUGAACCCCCAGAUACCCAUCUCGCCCUUUCAUUUGGAGUUCAGUGGGUGGAAGAUGCCCCUACCCGGCGCGCAGCCGCCCCCUGAAAUCACGGAGAGAAGAUUUCAGCUUGAGAGGGAGAGACUCCAUCCAGGGGCCUUUUGGAAAUCAUCCAAAAGUGAUCGCAUCAGAGCAGCUGACGCUCUGGGGCAUGGUAGAAGCAUUACCCGACAUCAAA